AUCAAGCGAAUGGUGUUUAAAAUUGCAUUUUCAAUGGGACGUUAUAGCAAUAAAAAUUAAAACAUAAGUGGAAUUUUAUCAAUUAGAAAAUUAUGACUGCAAAAAGUGUAAUAAUCGGUGGCGGCACCGGUUUUAUUGGAAAACAUUUAGGCGAACUGCUUUCAUCAAAAGGAUAUGAUAUAAUGAACGUAGCUCGUAUGCCAGCCUCGAAAAAUAUAUCCUGGUCAACAAUAGAGGCCUCCGGCUUACCAAAAAAUACUUCGGCCGUUGUCAAUUGUGCUGGACAACAAUUCAUGGACUUUACCAAGUCCUGGACACCAGGGUUCAAACAAAAUGUACAGAAUUCACGUAUCUACACAACCAAAGCUUUGGCUACCGCUAUAAACAAAGCUCAAGAUAAACCAAAAGUAUUUGUACUAGUUACAGGAGUUGGUGCAUAUGAACCUUCAAAUGUAAAUAAAUAUGAUGAGAGCAGUCCUACAACUGGGACAGAUUUCUUCUCACGGCUAGUUGUUGAAUGGGAAAAAGCUGCUCAAGUAGAUCCACCAGUGAGACUUGUGAUCAUUCGUUCUGGAGCCGUUCUAGGUAGAUGGGGUGGUAUGAUAAAGAACAUGUUUUUACCCUUUUUUUUGGGUUUCGGAGGACCCAUAGGUGAUGGAAAACAAUACUUGCCCUGGAUCCACAUAGACGACCUCACGAGAUUAAUUAAUUUUGCCAUAGAAAACGAGAAUGUCAAAGGGGUAUUGAAUGGUGUAUCUCCAAAUGUUAUCACUAAUGAAGAAUUUACCAAGUCAUUCGCGAAGGCAUUAGGACGACCAGCGUUCAUACCAGUACCAGAAGCAAUCUUGAACUUCGCACUGCAUCCAGAAAGGGCUAUGAUUAUGACCAAAGGGCAGCAUGUCAUACCAAAGAGGGUUCUUGAAUAUGGGUUCAAAUAUCGUUAUGAAAACAUUAAUGAUGCCUGCAAAGAGUUCGCGCAUCUUUUCCCUAAGAAAAACGUAUAAUGAAUCAUAGAUAAUACGUGAUAUAGUCUAUGCGGACUAACUAGGCCAUUGAAUACUGGGCACUCCGAACUAUGCGCGCACCUAAACGCGAAUGAAAUAUAUAUUUAAUUAGUAAAAAUAUAUUUAUUUUGUAACUUGUGGGCAUUUUGUCUAGGAAUUUAAUACUAGAGUUAUCUGUUUUCGCGUCUAGCUGUGUGAGCUCAAGCUGAGCUCGCGCUCACCGACCAUAGAUUAGGUAGCCCUAUUGUUAUCACGUAAGUAAGUAAUUGAAUUAAUAUAAAAAUAGGUGCAGCAAUUAGAACAUUUGUUGAAUUUGUAAACGCUUUAAUGAGUUGUGAUUUUUUGAAAUAAAGUUUAUAUU